AUGGCAAGUUUGAACUGGAGUUAUCAAGGCAACAAUGGACCUGACCACUGGCACAAGUUAUACCCUAUUGCCAACGGAGACUGUCAAUCUCCUAUUGAUAUUAAAACCAAGGAAGCCAAAAAAGAUGCACCUCUGGGGCUUCUCCGGAUCACUCGGAAACCUUCCACAUGCAAAGAUGUCAAUGUUGGACAUUCAUUCCAUGUGAAUAUUGAGGAUAAGGACAAUCAAUCACUGCUGACAGGUGGACCUCUCACUGGAACAUACAGAUUGCGGCAGUUUCAUUUCCAUUGGGGCCAAACAGAUGAGCAGGGUUCAGAGCACACAGUGGAUGGAAGGCGAUAUGCCUCAGAGCUUCAUCUCAUGCACUGGAACGUGGACAAGUAUUCGAAUGUAGCUGAGGCUUUCGACAAGCCAGACGGCUUGGCAAUUGUCACUGUUUUCCUGAAGCUUGGCUUAUGCAAUGAAAACCUGAAGGGUGUCUUGAAGGCCUUGGAUUCAGUAAAGACUAAGGGUAAGCAAGCUCCCUUUUCUGAUUUUGAUCCUUCAAGCCUACUGCCUAAAUCCAUGGAUUACUGGACAUACAAUGGCUCUCUGACUCAUCCUCCCCUCCAUGAGAGUGUCAUCUGGAUUAUCCUUAAAGAGCCAAUUACUAUCAGCUCAGAGCAGCUGGCUCAGUUCCGCACAAUCCUGUCUUCUGCUGAAGGGGAAGCAUCUUGUCCCAUACUGAGCAAUUACCGGCAACCCCAACCGCUGAAAGGCAGAGUGGUGAGAGGCUAA